AUGUCCUUUCGAAUCGGUCGGCGAUAUUUCAGUAAACAAUCUUACGAUGCAAUCAUUAUUGGUGGAGGACACAAUGGUUUAACGGCGGCCGCCUAUCUCGCAAAAGCGGGCAAAAAAGUAUGUGUCUUGGAACGUCGUCAUGUACUCGGAGGAGCCGCUGUCACCGAAGAAAUCGUUCCUGGAUUCCGAUUCUCUCGAGCUUCCUACCUUCUGAGUCUCCUACGACCCGUCGUUAUGCAAGAGCUCAAUCUCAAAAAGUUCGGACUCCGCUACCAUAUCAGAAAUCCCAAUUCAUUCACCCCGAUUCGUGAUACUCAUGGAAGUUUGACACUUGGAAUGGAUAUGGCUGAAAAUCAACGAGAAAUUGCGAAAUUCUCAAAAGCAGACGCUGAAAAUUAUCCGAAAUAUGAGCACUUCAUUUCGGAAGUCACCCAUGCUUUUGAGCAGUUGAUGGAUUACGAACCAUUGGAUUUACAAAAGCCAAUUCAUAAAAUGUUGCCACAUUUGUACUUGCUAUAUAAGGCAGUUCAACCAUUGGGACUGAAAAAUGCCGUAGAUUUUUAUGAAUUGAUGACAGCACCGAUCUCCAAAAUAAUGAAUAAGUGGUUCGAGAGUGAUGUUUUGAAGGCGACACUAGGUACUGAUGGAGUCAUUGGAUUGGCUGCAAGUCCAAUGGAUCCAGGAACUGGAUACGUUCUCCUUCAUCACGUUAUUGGAGGCCUAGACGAGCACAAAGGGGCGUGGGGAUACGUUGUUGGAGGAAUGGGAGCUGUAUCCAAUGCAAUCGCAGAAUGUGCCAAAAGUCACGGAGUUGAAAUCUUCACCGAACAGGAAGUGGAUGAAGUCCUUCUAGAUGGAAAUGUAGCCAAAGGAGUUCGACUGGCAAAUGGAAGAGAAAUCCAUUCGAAGAUCGUCAUGUCCAAUGCAACUCCACAUGUUACAUUCAAUAAUCUUGUGAAGAAAGAGCACCUUCCAGCAGAUUUCUAUAGAAGUGUUAGCCAAAUUGACUACACUUCUCCGGUUACCAAGAUCAAUGUGGCUGUUAAGGAACUUCCGAAUUUCUUGGCGAAACCGAAUUUAGGGUCUGAGCCAAUGCCACAUCAUCAGACGACGAUUCAUAUGAAUUGUGAAAAUAUGCAAGUGGUUCAUGAUGCUGUGAUGGAUUAUAAGAAUGGCAGAUAUAGUAGGAGACCAGUCAUCGAAAUGACAAUACCCUCUUCCAUCGACCGGACAAUCGUUGAUUCCGAAGACGGGCACGUUGUCCUCCUUUUCACCCAAUACACUCCGUUCUCCCCCAAAGAUCACGAAUGGACAGAAGAGAAGAAGACAGAGUACGCGAAGCACGUCUUCUCAGAAAUCGACGCCUAUGCACCGAACUUCUCCUCAAGUGUCAUUGGAUACGAUAUUCUAACACCACCAGAUAUUCAGAACACUUUCGGAAUUACAGGAGGAAACAUCUUCCACGGAUCUAUGAGUCUUGACCAGUUGUAUACAUCGCGCCCGGUUAGCAAAUGGGCCAAUUACUCAACGCCAAUCAAAUCCUUGUAUUUAUGUGGCAGUGGUGCUCAUCCAGGUGGCGGUGUCACCGGAGCACCAGGACGUUUGAGCGCACUUCAUGCAUUGAAACACUUUUAG